AUGUGUGGGCGGUACGCUUUGGGCGUGCGCUUGGCGUACAUCCAACAACGCAUGCAAGAGCAGGGCAUGCAAGUGGAUGAAGCACCAGACGACGAUUCAGUCAGAGAGACAUACAACUUUGCACCGGGCAACUUCGGCGCUAUCUAUCGUGCCGAGAUCACCGACAAAGGGAGCCACAAUGCUCAGCAAGAUGCUGAUAACGAGCCCCAAACCAAAGAUUCAAAAAAGGGGAAAGACGACUUGAGCUCAGAUGCUAAGCUAGUAGACAACGCGGUUAUCAAAUACAAGCUCCAGAGCAUGAAAUGGGGUCUUAUCCCAUUCUGGACGAAGCGCCAGCCGGAUUACGGAUCCAUGAUGCGCACGAUUAACUGUCGCGAUGACUCGUUGAUUGAAGAUUCGGGGAUGUGGACUACUAUGAAACGGCGAAAGAGGUGCAUUGUCGUCUGUCAGGGCUUCUACGAGUGGCUGAAGAAGGGACCUGGGGGCAAAGAAAAGGUUCCACACUUUGUCCGGCGCAAAGACGGGGAGCUGAUGUGCUUCGCUGGAUUAUGGGACUGUUCUGACGAAAAGCUCUACACGUACACGGUGAUCACGACGUCUUCUAAUCCCUACCUGAAGUUCCUGCAUGAACGUAUGCCCGUCAUUCUGGACCCCGGGGGUGAGGCAAUGAAUAAAUGGCUGAACCCCUGCCAAAAAACCUGGUCAAAGGAGCUCCAAUCAAUUCUCAAGCCCUACGAGGGUGAACUGGAGUGUUAUCCUGUUCCUAAGGAGGUUGGGAAAGUCGGAAAUAAUUCCCCGAACUUUGUUGUUCCGGUCGACAGCAAGGAAAACAAGAGCAACAUCGCAAACUUUUUUGCCAAUACGAAAACGAAGGAGGAUACAGACCCCACUCCAAAGAAGGAGGCUGCAUCGCCGAAAGUGAAGAGUGUUAAAGAUGAAGACCGCCCAGCUCAAGAUUCAGAAUGGAGCGAGAAAAAUGCCCCAAAACCUGUGCCAGCUGUCAAGAGAGAGCAUAGUCCAGAAGCUCUUGGAGUUGCGGAGGAGAGUGAGAAGCCAAAGGUCGAUUCGGAUCAAACGGGGACAUCGCCGCAAAAGAAGAAGUUGCGCAGUGCUACGCAUAAUAGCCCUAUGAAGAAGUCCAGUGGGAAGAAGGCAGCAGAUGGGUCACAGCGAAUUACGAGUUUCUUCAAGAAAUGA